AUGUCGAUGGUGGUGGCAGCAAGUGGUGAUAAUGAUAGCGACAAUGUUAGUGGUAGUGGUAGUAAUGUCGGUAACAAUGAUGGUGACAACGGUGGUAUUGUUGGUAAUGGUGAUAGCAAUGUUAAUGAGGGUGGUGGUAGUAAUACUGAUGGUGGUGGUUAUAUUAGUAGCAACAAUGGUGGAAGUGAUGAUAGUGGCGGUGGUAGUGGUUACGACGAUGUUGGUGGUAGUUGUAGGGACAAUUACAGAGGUAGUGGUGUUGGUGGUAACAAUGAUGGUGGUAGAGGUAGUGGUAGCAAUGUUGGUGGUGAUGAUGAUGGUGAUAGUGAUAGUGGUAUUGGUGAUCAUGAUGGUGACAAUGACGAUGACAGUUACAUUAAUGGUGAUGGUAGCAAUGUUGGUGGUGAUGAUGAUGUCAGUACCAAUGAUGGUGGUGUUGAUAGCUAG